AUGGGCGUGGAAGAUACAGGAAGGAGUACCAGCGAGCUCUUGAAAUCCAUAAAGAACAAGCAUAGACGACAGAAAUUGUAUUCAGAGCUUAAACAUGAAAAGAACAAGCAAAGACAUAAAGAACGGUCAACAAGAGCUAAAGAGGAACGUGAAAAUCCUGAGCUUCGCGAAAAGAGAGUAACUGAAAAUGUUCCAGACACUAUAGAUUCCAAAAGAGUAUUUGACGAAACCAUUGCUGCUGAAGUUGAAGGAGAAGAUGAAUUUGCACAGUAUUUUGAGCAAGCUGGAGAAAGAGAUCCUAAAAUUUUACUUACAACCAACAUUGGAGCUAAGAAACAAGCAUAUCAAUUUGCAGAUAUUCUUUUAGACUUUCUUCCUAAUGUGACGUUUGUUAAACGGAAGGCAGAAUAUUCUAUAGCUGAUAUGGCCAACUUUUGCACCAAAAGAGAUUAUACUUGUCUUAUAAUUAUCAAUGAGGAUAAGAAAGUAGUUAGUGGGCUCACGUUUGUACAUUUACCUGAGGGACCUACGUUUUAUUUUUCGGUCAAAUCACUUGUUGAAACCAAAGAUAUUCAAGGACACGGAAGGGCCACAGAUCAUACCCCUGAACUUGUACUUAAUAACUUUCAAACUCGAUUAGGUAAGAUGGUUGGAAGGUUAUUCCAAUCGCUUUGGCCUCAACAACCAGAAUUCAAAGGUCGUCAGGUGAUCACCUUGCACAAUCAACGUGAUUAUAUAUUUUUCAGAAGACAUCGGUAUGUUUUCCGUAAUGAAGAAAAGGUUGGGUUGCAAGAGCUUGGACCACAAUUUACUCUUAAGUUGCGUAGAAUUCAGAAGGGUGUUAGAGGUGAUACGAUUUGGGAAUAUCGUCCAGAUAUGGAGAGAGACAAGAAGAAGUUCUACUUGUGA